GUCACAGGGGCGGUCAUCUGCAAAGUGGGACAAACUUGAAUUCGCUUUUAUUGGCGUAAAAGAAAAAAUCACCAUGAGCCUAAAAGAAGUUACUAGUGUGAAGUCCUUUGGAGGCUGGCAAAAAGUUUUCAGUCACGAAAGUUCUGUAUUGAAAUGCUCCAUGAAUUUCGGGUUAUACUUACCGCCUCAAUCCGAUUCUGGCAAAGUUCCCGUACUUUACUGGCUCUCAGGUUUGACGUGCACGGAACAGAAUUUUAUAACAAAGGCUGGAGCCCAGAAAUAUGCAGCAGAGCAUGGCCUCAUCCUUGUAGCCCCAGACACCAGUCCACGGGGGUGUAACAUAGAGGGUGAGGAAGAGAGUUGGGAUUUCGGGACAGGGGCGGGGUUUUAUGUGGACGCUACAGAGGAGAAGUGGAAGACAAACUACAACAUGUACAGCUAUGUUACCAAAGAGCUCCCAGAGCUAAUAAAUGCUAACUUUCCAGCCAAUCCUUUGAAGCAAAGUAUUUUUGGACACAGUAUGGGGGGUCACGGGGCCCUGGUGUGUACCCUGAAGAAUCCUGGGAAGUACCAGUCCGUCAGCGCCUUCUCCCCUAUAUGUAACCCCAUCAACUGCCCCUGGGGUCAGAAAGCUUUUGCAGGGUACCUGGGUGAGAAGAAAGAGGCCUGGGAUGAGUAUGAUGCUUGCUCUCUGGUGAAGGGGUACAAUGGACCACCUCUAGAGAUUUUAAUUGAUCAGGGUAAGGCCGACUCUUUCCUCCCCGCCGGCCAGCUGCUCCCCGACAACCUGGUGGCUGCCUGUGCCAAAAAUAAAGCUGUCAUCCUCCGAAUGCAAGAGGGUUAUGAUCACAGUUAUUAUUUCAUUUCUACGUUUAUGGAGGACCACAUUAAACAUCAUGCAAAGUAUCUCCUCAACUGAUGGCUUUCGUGACAGAUCAAGCUUACAGACAAACAGAAUAUGAUGGGGACUGUCAUUUGAUUGGAAAAUGCUGGUCAUAAAAAUUGGCUGUUAAUAGCUGUUGUUAAUUGUUCAGGAAAUGAAGGGUGAAACAAAAUUAAAAUCUGAGAUAGAUAUCUGUUGCAAAAGAUCAAAUAACAAUCAGAUGAAAGUACAUGAUUUUAUUGAAUUGAUGAAAACCUUUAUAUGAAAGACUUCCAUUAAUGGUUUUGAUGAUUGGCAAGUAAGCUGUUAUUACUUGUUGUUGUGAUCAAUAGCAUAAUGACUUCUGUAAGAAAGAAGGAACUGUAGAAGUUGAUGUGGAAAAUGAUGACAUGGCUGUUGAUGGGU